AUGGCUUCCUUCUUGCGGCAGCUCGUCGCCGGCCCGCGCAGGGGCCACUCAGAGGCCGGCCUCGAUCUCUGCUAUGUGACUGACCACAUCAUCGCUACCUCCGGCCCCUCGCACACAUACCCCAAGCUCGCCUACCGCAACCCACUCGACCAGCUCGUCACCUUUCUCGACGCCAAGCACGGCGCCGACUGGGCCAUUUGGGAGUUUCGCGCCGAGGGCACCGGCUACCCGGACCACCUCGUCUACGACCGCAUCCGGCACUACCCGUUCCCGGACCACCACCCGCCGCCGUUUUCCCUGAUGCCGCGCAUCCUCGCCAGCAUGCGCCACUGGCUGCACGGCGGGGCGCUCGACGGCGUCGGCGGCAGCGUCACGGAGAAGAGGCACCCGGAUCGCGUCGUCGUGGUGCACUGCAAGGCGGGCAAGGGCCGCAGCGGCACCGCGAGCGUCAGCUACCUCGUCGCGGAGGAGGGCUGGCGUGCGGAGGACGCGCUGGCGAGGUUCACGGAGCGCCGCAUGCGGCCCAUGUUUGGCGCGGGCGUCUCGAUACCCUCGCAGCUGCGGUGGGUGCGCUACGUGGAUCGCUGGACAAGGCACGGGAAGCGGUACGCGGACAGGCCGAUUGAGAUUCUCGAGAUUCACACGUGGGGCUUGCGCAACGGCGUCAAGCUCGACGUCGAGGGCUUCGCCGAGGACGGGAAAAGGAUUUGCUCGCUGCACACGUUUCAGAAAAAGGAGCGGCAGGUCGUGCAGGGCGGUGCGCCCGCAGACGGCGGCCUCUCGGACCUCGUCUGGGAAAUGGCCGGCUACUCCUCGGGUACCAAGGCGCCGGCGCAGGCCGAAUUUGCAGACGCCACCAACAACGAGGACACUGCCACUGCAAAGCCCGCCAACAAGAAGGAGGAGGAAGCGGCGGCGGCGGCGGCGGACUUGAAGCCGCCGACAAAGUCCAAGACGGACCUCAUCACCGAACAGCCCACGCAAGAGUCCACCGCGUCCGCCUCGCGCGCCUCGACCUUUUCCACCUCGUCAAAGCUGUCCAGCGCCAGCAGCCGCAAGAGCGAGGCCGAACCAGGCGGCAUGGCUGUCCUCUUCCGCCCCGCGACGCCCAUCCGUGUCCCCACCAGCGACGUCUGCGUCGCCGUCGAGCGGCGCAACCGCACCCACAAGAGCAUCGGCUUGACCAUGGUGUCGUCUGUCGCGCACGUCUGGUUCAACGCUUUUUUCGAGGGCAACGGUCCAGAGCAAGGCGGAUCGCCAGACGCCGACGGCGUCUUUACGAUUGAGUGGGACGCCAUGGACGGCAUCAAGGGCACGAGCCGCAAGGGCAGCCGCUGUUUAGACAAGAUGUCGGUCGUGUGGCGGUUUGCGGAUACCGGUGUCAGCAGCAGUGGUGAUGGUGGUGGUGGUGGUGGUGGUGGUGAUAUUGUUGGGGCAGCAGAGCCGGCGGCACUGGAUACUACAACAGCGGGACCGGACGACAUGGAGGAAAAGGACAUUGGUCUGCGCGUGCAGAGCCCCGCGAGCGCGGAUAUAAGCAGGGCGAGCAGCGUGCUGAGCGCCGAGCUGCCGCGGCAUCACAAAAAGGGGCCGGCGAGCAACGAUGCUGACGACGUGGUGGCGCUGGAGAGCGUCAAGACGAGCGAUGCCGCAGGCGAGGAGCUGCGGCCAGAAGCGACAAGGACGUAG